AUGACAAUUCAGAAAUUCGUCAACCGUCAAGCGGCGGGGGUUUUCCACAUAGUUUCAGAUGCAAAAAGAAGGCUUGUACAACUUGGCCUGAGCUCAUUUUGUGCCCUCAAUGGAAUUCUGGAUUUUUACAUGGAUAAUGGAUCGAAAAGACUGCGCUGGUCCCGCUGGCUGGCCAUCUAUCGAAUAGUGCACAACUUUGUAGUCUUCAGCCUGACGACAAGAUUCCUGCUAGACUUCUGGAAGCAGCAUGAAGCAGAAAUAAAUAACUCCCUGCUAAUGACGAUGAACUUCUUCCCCUACUUCACACUGGUGUUUCUGGCGAUAAUAAGCUCCAUGGGCUGUUGCUUCUAUUGGCAGAAUAGAAUCUUUGUGGUUCUCCAGAAGCUAAGGCAUCAAAGGGAGCAGAGCAGGCAGUUGGGAUAUCGAGUGCCGAAGGGCAAACAGCUAUAUGUGGACUGUUUAAUGUUUCUGAUCACCGUUCUUCUGAUCCUUCGCCUCAGUAUCCAUGUGACCGUGUGGCUAAUCAGCGUCAGGGUUGGCUUUAAUCACCCCUGCAACUGCUUCCUGCCCGAGUGCAUGACCUUUGCCAUGAACUACCUGGUGUUUGCCACCCUGGCUGAGAUAAGCCAGUGCUGGUGGAGAUUGCAGUCCGGACUGGAGAUGAUACUCCUAGAUCAUCCAAAACCAAGAACUGUUGCUAACCAGUUAUGUCAUAUUCAAAGGCUGCACUCCAUGUUUCAGUGUCUAAUCGAUGUUACCUCGGAGGUGUGUUCCAUAUUUAAAUUUGUGCUUCUAACCUACUUGAUCCGCAAUCUUUGGAGUGGCAUUGUGACAGGAUACAUGGUGAUACGCCUGGUUCUUGGAAAAGGACAUGGCGACGUUGAGCUCAGUUAUAUAGUACUGGCCUUUAUCAUCUGCAUCCAACCUCUAAUGUUCUCAAUCCUGAUGAAUAGCAUGACACACACAACCGAUUCCUUACUAGAUGUAACCAAGGAUAUCUUGAGAACACCUCACAAACAAAGCGCUCAGGUGGAACGAAGCAUCGAAUGGUUAUCGUUGCAAUUGGCUGGUCAACACACCUAUAUCGCUGUCUUCGGCACAUUUCGCAUGAAUCGCUCUUUACUUUUCACAAGUACAUCGGUCAUCUUGAUUCACGUGCUCUAUAUGGUGCAAUCGGACUAUAUUUCGAUGACUAUGUGA